UCUAAACUCAUUGCCGAUUUCUAUUCGUUUGCAUUUCUCCUUCAUUUCAGCUUUGAGGCAGAAACUGACCAAUACAAUGGGUUCUUCCAAAGACCAGCUGCUUACUCGUUUAAAGGAGCUUCAAAUCGAUUUUUCCCAAUAUGAACAUCCUGUUGUUUUGACUGUCGAAACUCAGGCAAAAUACGUUGGGAAUAUGGGAGGUGCACUGAGCAAAAAUUUGUUCUUGAAGGACAAAAAGCAUAGGUACUAUAUUGUUUCUGCUCUUGCGGAUACAAAAGUAGAUUUGAAAGUUUUAUCUCAGAGGCUUGGUUUGGGAAAAGGGGGUCUAAGAAUGGCUCCAGAAGAGGCAUUGGGUGAGAUAAUUCAGGUGCCACUUGGAUGCGUUACUCCAUUUGCUGUAGUAAACGAAUCAGCAAGACAUGUCUCACUGUUGUUGGAUCAAGGAAUCAAAACUCAGGAGCGUUGCUUUUUUCACCCACUUUCCAAUGACAUGUCAAUCUCUCUUAAUGCCCAUGGUCUUGACAAGUUUCUCAAAUCAAUUGGGAGAGACCCAUCAUACGUUGAUCUAGAGGCUAACCCUCCUGUAGGGAAAGAUCAACCACCCGAUCUAGCUGCUUUUGUUCCGUCAGGUUCUACAGUUCUGCCAGAUCUUCCAGAUAAAGCACCUUCUUCACAAGAUUGUACUGGAAAUGAUGUUAGUGCGGGUGCUAAGUCUGCAGCAGUUACAGCAAAAGCUGUUAAGCCAUCUGGUAAUGUGCAAAAUAUUAAGGAGAAGCCAGUUAAGGGUGCGCAGCCAUCAAUUCCUUCUGCAGAUGCUGGGAAAUUUGUGGAAGAGCUUCUGGAUAAAACAUCUACCUUACUGCUUUCAGACAUAUCAGAGGAUUCCAUCAAGCAACAUGGUGGACAGCUUGGAACUGAGGUAGUAAACAAUAUUCAAAAAUGUCUCAGAGAAGAUCUGAAGAACCUUGCUACAAUAUUCAAGAACACAGCAUAUACAGAAGGUUUUUAUGCUGGUACUCACUAUCAACCUAAGCGUCUUUGAACUUGUUUGUGAUGGUUUAACCUUCUUGGACCAUUUUGCUUUCCGGAAAAAAAUUUGAAGCCAAAACAAAAAUCCAAAGGAGAAAACGAGUUGUCAUUUUUCCUCGUGACUUUUGUUUUCAUAGUUUUUAUCUUCAUCAAAACAUUUACUAUGUAUACCCUGUUUUUAGAAUCAGAUAAAGUUGCCUGUAUUUUUCAA